GUUUAAUAUUUCCUUCGUAUUUACUAAACAACGGUGGUUGUAUUGACAACACGAUAACAACAGCCUUGGAUAUCGACAAACAAAUAUUUACUUUCCGUUAAUUGAGGAACAAUGUCUAAACUCGGAGAAUUUUGUACUCCCUGCUUUGCAAGACAUAAAACAAAACCUGCUGUACACUGGUGUCCAUCGUGUGAGGAAUCACUGUGUAGCAAAUGUGGAAGUCAUCAUCAAGUCCAAACAUCAACAAAAUCUCAUCAACUUAAUUCUCUCAGCGAUAUUCUCAUGUUGCCUUCAGUUGCUAUGACUAUUAGUCUUACGUGUAAACAGCAUGAUAUGAAACUGGAUGUUUUUUGUUCAGAUCAUAGCGAGCCCUGUUGUUGGAAAUGUUUAUCAGAAAAUCAUUCAAAUUGUCAACAAAAAGGUCCACUCGAUAAGGUUGUUAAAAAUGCGAAGUCUUCUGAAUCCUUCAACACGCUUGUAGAAAACGUACAGGGCAUCAUUGAAAUAACUGACAAUUUAAGGAAGAAAAAGAAGGAAAACUUUAAAAGGAUUGAAAGUCGAAAGAGUGAAAUGGAAAUACAAAUAAAAGGUUUUAGAAAAGAUGUAAUAAAACAUAUGGAAUUAUUUGAAAAAAAUCUUUUGGAAAAUGUAACGCAGACAUUUAAUGUCUGCCAAGGAGAAAUGCAAGAAACGUACAACAACCUCAAUGCUUUCUAUAAACAAUGUUCUGAUAUUGAUAACAGUCUCACAAAUAUGAAAACAUUUGCCUCCGAUUUGCAAACUUUCCUCGGAGCCAGGUCUCUUCGAAACAGAGUCGCGACUAUCGAAACCGGUAUUUUAGGACUACGAAAACAACUUGGAGAUUACAAACUUGAAUUUAAAAGUCCUUUAAAUAUAGACAAUUUCAAAUUAAAUAUGGCUUCGUUAAAAGAUAUUAAGAUUGUUCGUGGUGAAUACAAAGAGUCUUUCAAAUUUCAGAAAAUAACGCAUGCGCAAUCAAUGUUACAACAAUCGCCGAGGGAAGUACAUGAACUUAUCGCAAAUAACAAAGCAGACAUAGAUGUUGUGUCGAAAUCCCGGAUUUCCGAAGAUUUAUAUAACAGAUUUCAAAACAUCUCUCUUACCCCUGAGCUAGUGAUACAACAAAAAUUUGUACUGUCUCACACAAAAGACUACAUAAAUAUUAACGGCUGUGUCAUUCUGUCAAAUGGCGAUUUCUUAUUCACUGAUUAUGAUAACAGUAGUCUUAUUCGUUACAGCAAUGACGGUGUACAAACGAGAACCAUUAAGCUAUUUUCAAAUCCUUGGGGUGUAUGUGAAGUUCAAAACAACACUGUUGCAAUCAAUUAUCCAGCCCAAAGCACAAUUCAGAUCUUGGACAUUUCUUCACCAAGAACAAAAGUUAGGACUAGCUUCCAAACAGAAAAUAUCUGCUCUGCAAUUUCGUAUGACUCUCCAAAUCUUGUUACCGUCGUUCGGACCACUGGAAUUCAAAUUUAUGACAUAUCAGGAAAACUCCUUAACACAGUGAAGAUAGAUUUUAAUGACAUACGAGACAUUGCAGUACAUUCUUCAAAACUAUACUAUACAGACUGGAAAAGAGAUGAAGUUGUUAAUUGUGAAAUGGAUGGGACAAUUUGCUGGAGAUUUGAACGACAAGUUCUGAAGUGUCCGAAUGGCUUAACCGUUGAUUAUGAUGGCAGUGUAUUUGUUGUCGGAACAACCUCGGGAAAUAUUCUUAGAAUCUCAUCCGAUGGAUCAUCAGCUAAGGAAAUCUUAAGAACUGAAGACUUUUUCAAAUCACCAACAGGCAUUUACCUUCAAAAAGAAAAACGGUUGCUUUUGAUUUGUUUCCAUGAUAAUCCAUUUGCAGCAACCUACCAAGUAAUGUAA